CUUUGCACCAUGGUCGAUCCAUUCAUCCCGCACUUUCGCUCCAUCGGCCAGAAUAUCCAUCUCCAUGAACCGACAUCCACUCCAUCUGAUACCCACCCCGCCUUGAUCAUCCUCUGCACCUGGUUUGGCGGCGCCACCCCCCGCCGCAUCGCCAAAUACACCACCGCCUAUCGCGAGCACUAUCCCGGUGCUGCGAUUGUGCUCCUGAACACAUGCUUUCGGGAUUAUCUGGCCCGGUCGUUUCAGACCAUUGAUCCGAAUCUCACGCCUGCUAGAGAAUUGAUCACCCGGGUGUUACACGCCAACCGCGAUGCCUCUGUGCUGUUGCACAUCUUCUCCAACGGGGGGUGUAACACCGUCACUCAGCUGGCGCGAUCCAUGACGACGGCCACCGGGGUGGAUUUCAGAUCCGCCAUCAAGUUGAUGGUUUUUGACUGUUGUCCGGGUGAUGCCUCAUUCCAGCGAUUUUACGGCGCUGCCGCUGUGGCGCUCCCGGCCACCCAGCCUGGGCGGGCCAUUGGAACCAUAAUCCUCUACCCGACGCUACGGGUGGCUCAUGCCGUGCAAAGCGUUGGCUUGAUGCGGUCGAUUGACGAUUAUCAAGCGGAUCUCAAUGAUCCGAGUCUGUUUGGCACGGAGGCGCGAAGGUUAUACCUCUACUCGCUGACGGAUGGGAUGAUUCCGUGGGAGGAUGUGGUGGGGCAUAUGGACGAGGCACGAGAAAAGGGAUAUUCGGUCCUGGGCGUCAGCUUCGAGGACAGUCGGCAUUGUGGACUGGUGAUGGGAAACGAGAUGCGGUAUUGGAACGCGAUUCAGCGGGCUUGGGACGGUCGAGAGGUGGAUGUGAGUGGGCGGAGUAAACUGUGAUCAUCGAGGAUCUUUUCUCGUAACAUAGAUCGAAGAUCUGUAGAACAUUUGUAGGGAUUUAUAUCACGCUUAGUAGUAAACGCUAUCAACUGGCAAAUAGGAAAGAAGAGGAC